AUGGAUAAAUAUUUAAAGAGUAACACGAGCACGCCCGACAUAGCAAGAAAUCCAGAUGAGUGGGCAAUAGUUGUCGUGGAAGAGGCCCCUGCAGAGAACAAUGUUGACAACAACAUGGAUGAUAACAAUGUGAGUGAUCAUGAGCCUGUAUUUAAUUCUCCAGAAUCUGCUAGUGUUGAUGAGGAACCAGUUUUUAGCACUGAUAUUUAUGAUCCAAUAAAUUGGGAUAAUCUUGAUAACAAAGUAAGGGAUAUGUUAGUGGAGAAGGGGCCUCCAAGAGAAGAAAAUUUUGAAUAUCCAUUGGAUGUUGAUGGAAGACAUUUUUCAUACAUUCAUUACUCUAGAAAAUUGAGUAAUGGAGAGGUACGUGACAGAAAAUGGUUAGUUUAUUCAAAACUUGGUAAAAAGGUGUUUUGUUUUUGCUGUAAGCUUUUCAGUUCUAACCAUUGCAAGAGUUCAUUGGGACGUGAUGGUUUUUAUGAUUGGAGGCAUAUCAGUGUGAGAUUGAAAGAACAUGAAGCUAGUGUUGAGCAUCUUACCAACAUGAAGUCUUGGAAUGAGCUGAGAGCUAGAUUGAGCAAACAUGAAACAAUUGACAAAGAGUUACAGCAAGAAAUCUCAAAGGAGAAAGAACGCAUAAGGCAAGUUUUAUUUAGAAUAAUUGCUAUUGUGAAAUUUAUUGGUAAACGCAGCUUGGCUUUUAGAGGUUCUAGUGAGAAGCUCUACAAUGCCAUUAAUGGUAAUUUUUUAGCUUGCAUUGAGAUGGUCGCAGAAUUUGAUUUGGUAUUGCAAGAACACCUUAGGCGUAUUGAAAAGAAAGAGAUUCAUUAG